AUGAUUAGAGUGAAUGUUACAACGCGUCAGAACAACGAUCAGACGGUUAUAGUUUCGAAUCCGUAUAUUUUGGAUUAUGUCACAGGUACGCUCUCAAGAACAGAAGCAGCGUGGUUAAGAUGUUAUAAAGGGUCUCUAACAGAGUAUCUGGUUACUCCGUUAGACAAUCCUUUACCUAUAGCCUAUUCCUCAUGCCUGGACCGGACUCGACCAACCGUUGUCUACACCUUUGGCUACCAAGGCAAAGUUAAUGGACCCGCCACUACGGCGGUCCUAACAGCUUACAUAGCGAAGAGGAAGAGAAAUGUUAUUCUUUUGGACUGGGAAGAAGAGGCUAAAAGUGGUCUACUAGGCUUUCAACUUUCGUAUGCAACAUCAGCUGCUCCCAAUGCUAAAAAGAUUGGAUACGGUCUCGGUAAAGCUCUACUUACUUUAUCAGAUGCUGGAAUCGAUUUGAACAGUAUCCAUUUAAUGGGACAUUCCCUCGGGGCCCAUCUGAUGGGCUAUGCCGGCUCGUGGUUGAGGGAGAGGGGGAAAGUUGUCAGCAGAAUUACGGGUCUGGAUCCCGCCAGUGCGUUGUUCGAGGGCAAGUUCGCUUUCUUCAAACAGUUGGACCGUACUUGCGCAUUAUUUGUUGACAUUAUACACACGGAUCCUGGUAACUACGGCACCAGUAAAUCGACCGGCUCUGUGGACAUAUGGCCUAAUUACUACGGCCCCAAGUCAAAGCAGCCAGGCUGCCCACGACAACCUCAAGAGACUUUUAGCCGUGCGGACCUUUGUGACCAUGAUCGUUCCUGGCAGUACUUCAUAGAAGCCAUGCUGUACGGUACCAACAUCUCGGCUAUAUACGCCGAUAACUAUCUUGACUGGAUGCAGGAUUAUUCUCGAAGCAAUUUCACCAUAUAUAUGGGUGAUUUGAUUAAUACCAGAGCACGUGGCAACUUUUUCUGUUCAACAAACUCUCAACCACCUUUUGGAAAAGGUAGUGAAGGAUUGAAGCCAGACUAUGUCAUUACUAGCUAAGAGUAAUGAACUAUGGAAUUAUCUUAAUUAGUUCGCUAGAUAAUAAAAAAAUCAAAGAUUUCUAGUACUGGUACAUAUUUUAGGAAUAUUAGAAGAUUAAAAUAAACGAAGAUUGAACUU